CGUCCGAACAAACGAUGCGCGCCACCGGCAUUCAGUGUCACAACAAAACGGCAUCCUUUUCAGCGCGGCAGAAAUCUCGAGCGGAUGUUGAUAAUCAAGACAUGCCUGCUCUGGAGAUGUCGGGCUUCCAAACCGUCUUGUCGUGCGUCUUAGCUUGAGAUAACGAGCGCGCGCAUCUCCACCGGCGAAAGCCUUCAAAAUUCGCGAUCAAGCUGGGUCAAGCGCCAUCGCAGGGGUCUGAUCGCCCGCCUCCGUUUCGCCCCCUUCGGCCCGAUCCAGGCGCGACUCCAUCCAUCGCCGCCCCCCUCCAGCUGCGCGUCCGCACCACGCGCCCGUCGAUAACGCCGCCGCGGGCCUCCAAGGGUCCCACCCGCAGGCCGCAAUGUCCGACGAGGACUACUCCGGCGCCGGCGGAGGCAGCCGCAGAGCCUCGGGUAAGCACCGCGGCCCGCGCUUCACCUGGAACCCCCAGUACGAGGCGACCUUCUUCCGGUCGCUCUGCGAGUCCGUCAAUCUCGGAUUGCGCGAUGGUAGCACCUUCAAGCCCGAGGCUUGGGAGCGCGCCAUGCAGGCGCUGGUCGACAAGCACAACGCCUACGCCAACAAAGGCCACCUCAUCAACAAGACCGAUAAUGCCCGCAAGAAGUACCGCCUGUGGCGCGGUCUGCGCGAGGACCCAGAGUUCUAUUACAAUGCCCAAACGCGGACUGUGACCGCGACGGACGACGCUUGGGCGAGGCAUCUUCAGAAAGAACCGCUCGCCCGCUCGCUCCGUGCAAGACCGUUCGAGCACGAGGAAUACUACGAGGUCCUCUUCCCCGACGUCAUUGGCUCCGGCGGCGCGCCGAAACGGCUCACCAAGCCGCGCAGGAAGGACACCAGUGACAAUAUCAGUGGCGCCGAAGAGCCCGAGGCGUCAGGCACCGGCAUCAUGGACCUCCUCACAGACCCAGCCUACAUCAACCCGAGUCAAACGCACAUUCCCACGCAGAUGCCUCCGGCACCGAUGCCGGCCGCAAUGGCGACGGUCCAUCCCCCCCAGCCUCAGCAUCACGCGCGCACGACAACGGCUACGAUGGCGCCGCCGCCGCCGCGGUCCUCCGUGCCCUCCACCUCAGCACUAACCCCACCCGAAGAGACAUCGCUCCAAACCCGCAAGCGCCUACAGGCGUCCGACAACACCGCGGGCCACCCACCGGACAAACGCCGGCGCACCGCUGCACCAGGCUACCUGGACCUGACCCAGCCACAGCAGCAGCAGCACUACAACACCAACAACACUGGCGGCGCCAACACAUCUACAAUACCAGCAAUAACCACCACCGCAAACAACAACACUAACAACAACAACACCAUGGCGAACGCCGGCUCAGCAGCAGCAGCCGCCGCCACCUCAACCACAGCCCUCUCCGAAACAAUCCACUUGCUCUCCGAAGCCCUCCUCGCCCGGGGGAUGGGGAGACCAGGAGGCAAGCCGAGCCCCGGAUGGCAGGAACAGGCGCUGGACAUCUUCUUCCGCGACUUUGCCGCCGAGGACAUCGACCUGCAGCUCAAGAUCGCCGAGAAGAUGCUCACGGACGAGAACAAGGCCAUGGUCUUCUGCAAGAUGCCCGACGUCCUGAGGCGGCACUGGGUGAAGCGGUUGCGGGAGGUGCAUAAUAAUAGGAACGUGAAUGUUUAAGGUGGUGGCAGCAUGGGUGGGAUGGCGGGCGGUAAUAGCUUGGGAGCCAGUGGACGGCCGAUGGUGGGAAAUGGAGGGAUGAGAUGAGAUU